AUGACACAUUCACCGGAUAUUCCACUAGAAGCACCAUCUUUAAUGAAUGUCGCAUCACAAUCUAUUGAUUUGAAUAUUUUAGAUCAUGUAAGUUUGAUUUUUUGGGUCAAAUGGUUAUUCAAAGAUUGAAAAAGCUAAUGACAAAAUAAAUAAAUAAUAAUAAAAAUAUUAUUUUGUAGGAAAUAAUGAAAGAUGUUCAUCUUCCCUUGCCAGUUAGUCAUGCACUUUUCCGUCGUUUACGUCAAAAAUGGAAUGCUUAUUAUCAAGCGAAUCAAAAUCAAGAUGGCCCACAAGAUGAUCGAACUGAAGAUAUUGAUCAUAUUCGUCAAAUUCGACAGGUUUUGAAAACAUGGUGUGAUUCGAAAAGACUCCCAUUAACAAAGAUGGAUUUGACUGGAGCUGUUGUAUGUUUUUUAUUUUAUUUUUUAAAUCAAAUAAUAAUUUAAAAAUGUUUUUUAGGUCAGUGAUAAAUUACUGGUCGAACUUCUCGCUGCACAUCAAAAUUCUAUAACCGAAUUAGAUUUGACGAAUGUUCAGGGUCCAACAGAUGAAGCGAACACAUUUUUAGAUUCUGCAAAUGUACAUUUUCCAAAUUUGACAUCGGUCAAAUUAACAUCAAUGGAAUUAUUAACAAAACCACAUCCACGUCGUAAAAAUGGAAUUGCGGCACUGGAUGUUCGAAGUAUUUUGAUGUUAGGAGAAGAUGCACUUGAAGAAGCGUCACGUGAGUUUUUUCUUUGGAUUUUCAUAGGAAAACUAUACAGAAAAAGUUUACUUUACUUAGUCAUCUAACAAAAUUGAAUAUUAAAAAUUUAAAUUUAAAAAACUAAUAAUUGAUUUUGUAAAUGCAGCGUUUUCAUAUUUUAUGAAUUUGGCCUGAACGCAUUUUCUGAAAUUAUAAUUUUGUACUGAAAAUUUAUUAAUUUUAAAUAUCAAAUUCUGAACCUGAAAUUGGAAAUGUGAAAAAAAAAACUUAAAAUUGUCUCAUGAAAAAUCAAAUAUUUUUGCAGCUGGAAUCGAACUUGUUCGAGGUGGAGAUCAUCAUAAUUCUGCUGAUGCGUGAGUUUCAUUAAUAAUUUAUCCUUCUUCUCCUUUUCCCUCUCCCUUUCUCUUUUUCAUUAAUUAAUUUUUUGCAGACAUCGUUCUCCUCUUAUUCAACAAUCUUCCCAAUCCAGUUCAUCAGACGGACCAAGAAAUCUUGAAAACAAAGAAGAACUCGAUCGAGAUCUUCCUGUCUUCACAUCUCGAUGCCCGAAUGUAAAAAGACUGCUUCUCCCAAAAAUCACCAAGAAAUCAACAAAUGAUGACGAUGAUAUGUCUGUGAACGCAGUUUUAUCAAAAGUUUUCGAUCCUUUAUAUCAAUUAGAAACUCUUGAUCUUUCAUAUUGGACAAAAAUCGAUGAUUUACGAUGUAUUCAUCCUUUGCAUCAAACAUUGACAACAUUGAUCUUAUAUGAUAUUCCUGAUUUAUAUCAUACUGUUUCAACAAUCACACAAAUGACUGAACUUAGAUAUUUGGAUAUAUCUCAAUCUCAACGUGAUACAGCGAUUUAUCCAAGACCUGUUUCAACUUUACAUCAAAUUGUUUCGUGUCUUCCGAAAUUGACACAUCUCGAUAUUUCAUCGACGAAUUUGGCAGCUCAACCAAGUGCAAAUGAUUGGCCUACAAAAACAAAGGACAGGUAAACUAUUGUUUUUCCUAUGAAAUCUGAGGUAAUAAGAAUUUUCAGAUCUGUUCGAUCGGAUAUUGUUGGAUUACAAUCACUAGAAAAACCAUUGGUCUUCCUUGGUCUUUUCAAUUGUGACAAUGCUAGUCAUUUCCUCGAAAUUCCCGCUGAAAACAUCUCUGGUGAUGCAAAUGAAGAUCAAGUUAUCACAUCUCUCCAAAUGUACAAAGAGCGAUCGGGUUUACUACAAUCGGUUUUGAAUGAGAGCUAUCAAUUGUAUCGUUUUGGAAAUAGUACACCAUUAGUUCGACACACUGAAGCACUUCAUUUGGUUCUUGACGCAAUGCAAAGACAUUUGUCCGAUAGUACACUACAAAUUGCCGGUUCGGCUAGUUUAUUCUAUAUUAUUAGAAAGGUAAUUUUUAAUGGGGAGGGAAUAUUUCUGUCGAAAAAAUCCACGAGGAAACAAAAAAAGAUUGUAUCGCUACGAGACCCAUUUAUUCAUUUUGCGAAGUUUUGUUCAAGUUAUCACGUGUCGAGUUUGUGUCAUGUCAUAACUCAUAUUAGCGGUAGAUUUUUGCAGUUUUCUAGAUAUUCAAAAAUCAAAUAAUCCGUAAAUCCUUCUGAAUACCUUAUUUGCAGGUUGAAAUGAAUCGUGACACUAAAAAACGUGUUGUCAGCGCUUUGUUGAGUGGAAUGGAAGUGCAUAUGGAAGAGCAAGUUAUGGUUCGAAACUGUUGUUUGUCACUUUGCCAAUUCGAAAUUCCACAGGAUAUUCUUUUCGAUUAUAGGUUUGUAGAUCUCCUAAUUUCUUGAAAAAAAAAUGAAUUCCGAUUUAUUAAUGUUUUUUUUCAGUCGUCUUGCUGUUCUUCUUGUAACUGUUUUGCAACAUCAUAAUGCUGAUAAUUUGACACAAAGAAUAGUUGUAUUUUUGUUGAAUUCGAUGGCUUGUCAUGUGGAAGGAGAUCAGAAGGUUCAAGUUGGAACAUUUGGAGCGAUUGAGGUUAGAAUUUGAAUUUUGAGCUCACAAAAAUACGGAUGUUAUUUUGAAAUUCCAAUGAAGUUAUAUCAGAAUUUUCAGAAGACCUAAAGUUACUUCAAUCCAUUUAAAAUAUAUUUUUCAAAUAAAAAUAAAAUCAUAAAAAUAGACUUGAAUCUGUAGUUCCAGCGUCUGAUAUCAUAAAUUCUAGAAUUUUAAAAUUUUCACCAUAGCAAUUAAAAAAAUCGGAAUUCCUCUCUAAUAAAGUUGUGUCAUUUUUCAGAUGAUUCUCGAACAAAUAAGCCGCAAACAUUCUGGAAAUACAUGCGAUGAUGUAAUGGAAGUUGGCUGGAGUUUUUUGUGGAAUAUCACCGAUGAAACACCUAUAAAUUGUGCAAGAUUUUUGAACGCCAGAGGCCUCGAUCUUUUCCAAAAAUGUUAUGAAGCUUUCAAAACUGAAAGGUACUUUAUUUUGUUUUUAUUCCUUCCCUCAAUCAAUCGAACCAAUCCUUUUCUUUUUCAGAGAACUUGUUCGAAAUAUGAUGGGUUUGAUUGGAAAUAUCGCAGAAGUUGAUGAUCUUCGCUCGGAACUCAUGAAUGAUGAUUAUAUCAAAAUAUUCUGUGCACUUUUAGAAACACAAGAUGAUUCGAUUGAAAUCAGCUAUAAUUCGGCUGGUGUUUUAGCACAUAUGGUUAGUGAUGGAGAAGAAGUUUGGAAUAAAUUGACAAUUUCGAGAGAUGAUGUUAUGAAAAGUAUUGUUAAGGUUGGUUUUGAAAAUUUUUGAAUGUUUUAAUUGCAAUAUUUUUAGGCAACAACUGGCUGGAAAUUGACAACUCGUCGUUUCAUCAAUUAUCGAUCAUUCCGACCAAUUCUUCGACUUUUACCAAUUUAUCAUGCUUAUGCUAGUCAACAUUGGGCUGUUUGGGCAUUGGCUAAUUUGACGACUACUGAUGGAGAAAAGUAAGCAACUUUUUGGUUUUAAGCUUUGGGAAAUUACGUGAUUAUUGUACAUUUGAACUUCAACUCAAAAGUUUCAGUACCGAAGUUUUAAAAAAACCGGCUGUUCAAUAAUAUUUUCAAAAUCAAACUAUUUUUUCUCUAGAUAUUGUGCCUAUGUUCGAGAUGAAGGUGGUGUUCCAUUAUUGGAAGAAUUGGUUCGAAAUGAAAUCACAACUGAUGAAAUUCGUGCAUUGGCUCAAAGAGUUUUGGAUAAUAUUCGAGAAAUUGAGAACAAGUUUGUUUUUUUCUUUCUCUUUUUCGGAUUUCACCUAACUUCAAUUUUAUUACUUCAGAAGAAUUCGAGAACGACUUGAUACAAUAAUCGAAAGAAGUGAUGAAGAACCGAUGGAAAUUGAAGGAUAA